GUGCGGCUGCUGCCGGCAGCGGCGUCGCCACGCGUUUCCACCGGAGCAUCCCGGCCAUCCAUCUGAUUGCCGCGCUCCCUGAAGUAUCUCGGGCAAGCCGUGCUGUCAGAUCGAGCCGACAAUCUCGAUAGCCGGGAUGGUGAAGGUGACCUUGACCAAGGCGUUUGAGACGGCUGCUGGGCUGGCGCUGGGGGCGCUCUGGCUGACAUUAACAUGGGAGCAGUACAGCAGGUACCGUUCCGAGCCGGUGGUGACCUCCAUGGACAUGACUUAUUACAAGGUUCCCAGCUUCACAUUGUGCCCCAAAUACCGCGCGAACCUGACACGUCUUCUUGAGCUGCAGAACUACGUGCAACCGGUGAACCCGAAUGGCUUCUGGCUCUUCUACAACAGCAGCUUCGGCAGUCCGGACCAGUUCGUGGUGGACUACCUCGGCCUGCCUGUCAGGCGGCUCCUCUACCUCUGCAACGACUUGGACUGCAUGCCGAUGCGCUCCAACCGGUGGAAUGGCUCCCACCCGGCGCAGGAGUACCCGGGGCCCGUGUACGAGACGCGCCAGGGCACGUGGCUGCCGUACAUCACGCGCCGGGGCCUCUGCCACACGUACCGGCCGAGGCCCUCCGUCUCCCAGGCGUAUUCACGGUACCUUGACAACAGGGGACCGCAGAUGGUGCUGCAUCGUUUUGUGGAGGACUUCGUGCUCGACUCGUCCUACAGCUUGCUGUUGCACGGCCGGGAGGGGCCCACGCCCGACGCCACCUACCAGCUGCUAACCAACGGCAUCGUCAUCGAGGGCCAUAUUGCGAUCUCGCUGAUCUGCAGCUUCGGCCUUACCGUUACGGUCCGCGAGAACCUACGACGCGCCCCCUGCAACGACGACCCGAGCUACCGACAUGUACGGUGCAUGGAGCAGUGCAUGUGGAGGAUGGUAAUACGGAGAGCCGGCCUCCACUGCCGCGCCCCCUGGAUGUCCUUCAACGGCCCGAGCGACCUCGAGAAGAACUUUGACCUUCCCGACCCGGAAAUGUGUACCGACGGAGAACAGCUGCAGCUACUCUCGGACACCGAGUUUGAAAUGCUGAAGGCAGACGUUAAAAGAGAAUGCACCGGCUGUCCCGUCAGCUGCAUCACAGAAACGUUCAUCUCAAAGGAUACGGAGCACGACAAGAGCUGGAAUGAAUACACGAACUCACUCCUCUCUCUGACCUACCGGAUGCCGCCAUUGAUUCCGCGAGACACCUAUCGGAUCUCGUACGACGGUGUCGCCGCCCUGGCGGGCAUCGGCGGCAACUUGGGACUGCUCCUGGGCUUCUCCGUGCUGACGGCGCUGGAGGUGGUGAUGGCGCUGGCCGGCGGGUGCUGGGCGGCGCUGAGCUGGCUGCACAGCGGGUGUCUGCGGGGCGUGGGCGGUGCAGGCAGGAAGGUUGACUCGGCCAGUUCCAGUACCGUUGAGCGGCGCAGGCGCUAG